AUGGAGUUAUUCACCAAAAGUAACGACGUUAAGUUACGGAGCCACCUAGAUAAGUUUUUAGUCGCCGACGAUGACCAAGAAACCAUCCGUCAAAGCCGUAAAGGGGAUUCACGGCGAGCCGUUUGGACGGUGGAGACCGUCGUCGAUAAACCGAAUCUAAUAAGAUUACGUAGCUGUCACGGCACCUACUUAACGGCGAGCAAUAAACCGUUACUGUUAGGUAUGACCGGUGAGAAAGUGACUCAAACGCCGUCGUCUAACAAACCGUUGGAUUGGCAAACCCAAUGGGAACCGGAACGAGAUGGUUUUCAGGUGAAGUUGAAAUCUUGGUGCGGCAAAUGGAUGAGAGCUAACGGCGGAACACCGCCGUGGAGAAACUCCGUUACUCACGACGAGCCACAUACGGCUAAGACCAAGAACUGGUUGAUUUGGGAUGUUAUUACCGUCGAUGGUUCUGAUCUUGAAGCCAUGUCUGAUGGAGAUGAGAGCUCUGUUUCUUCCCCUGUUUCUUCACAUCAGAACGGGUCGGAACUCGGGUCGCCCGUUUCUGCCGGGUCUAUGAAGAGUAUUGGUCGGUUCGCUUCUCUUGGAUUAACUAUGUCUCCGAGAUGGUCCCCAAAACCGAAGACGAGUAGCUUCAACCAAAAGGAAGAACAAGUAUCAGCAAUGGAGUUUUUCCAUAAAGCAAAAGCUAUCCGUAUGCAUAACAGCCACAACAAGUACCUAACUGCAGAAGACGACGAAGAAUCAGUGACUCAAGACCGAAAUGGAUCUUCCAAAAACGCUCGUUGGAUCGUCGAACCGGUUCGUGAUUCCUUUCACGUAAUCCGUCUUAAAAGCUGUUACGGCAAAUACCUAACCGCUUCCAACGAGCGGUUCUUACUCGGAGCCACGGGGAAGAAAGUGAUCCAGUUAAGACCGAGCCGACUCGACUCGUCUGUUGAAUGGGAACCUGUAAAAGAAGGAUCUAAAAUCAAGCUUAGGACACGCGACGGCCACUAUCUCCGAGCUAACGGUGGUCUUCCUCCGUGGAGAAACUCUGUUACUCACGACAACCCUCAUUUGUCGGCUACUCAGGAUUCGAUCUCUUGGGAAGUUGAUGUCGUCGAGAUCUUAAUCGAUUCCACGGCGGAGUCACCGGAGCCGAAGACUCCUCCGCCGCAUAGAAGACCGUCGAAUUCGCCGUUGUCGGUUUCGCAUUCGAGAACUCCGUCUUCUUCUCUUUCAGACAGAUCUGAUCCAGAUUCGUCAGUUGAGUCUCCACCGAAAUCUGAUGGGAGAACGAUACAUUACCAUAUUGCUGACGAAGAAGGACACGUGGAGGACGAAACAACCGUUGGAUAUGCUUUCACGUUUAAAGGAAACAGUGUGACAGAGUUGACACAGACACUGCGUGAAGAAACGUGUUUGGAGGAUGCCGUGGUGUGCACUCGCAGUCCAUUAAACGGCAAGCUGUUUCCUCUUCGUUUGCAACUUCCUCCUAAUAAAGGAACAUUGCAUGUCGUUUUACUACCUUCAAGCGCAAGCCUCUAG